UAUCCAAUAACAAUGCAACAUUUUUAUUCCGGCAUAAACGGAAUGAAAAUAUGGAAAUGUGCAAAGAGAGACGUAUCCUUAAAUUUUGCCAGAACAAUAACAGUAUCUUCGUUCCACCGUAUUCCACGGAUGAAUCAAUUAGCGCGCCAGAUAUCACGUUUGAAAAAUCUAAGCAUAACACAAUCAUAUUAUAG